CGACGUAUCGCAGGGAUGAUUCGGGUAUGCCUGCAUGCCUGGUAGGAGAGAUAACAUAAAAUCUUGACAGCGUGAGGUUUUAAAUACAUGAGGUGACACGGUUGUGCUUAUUGUGCGCACUGCUCUCUGCUACCAUUAGGUUAGCUCGCUGGCGAUAAAUAAUAAUAAUAAUACUAAAAAAAAAAAACGGGACAGAAAACAUGAAGCGUGACAGGAGACGGAGCUUCGUGUGGAAUUGUUUUGAACGAAUGGGCGACUUUGUCCGCUGCAUGAAAUGUGAAGCUAGGUUAAAAUACUGCGACGGCGGCACCACCUCGAUGCAAAAUCACAUAGCCCGGUUCCAUCCACCUACCACACCGCCGGACAGAAAAUCAGCGCCCCCCGAUGAGAAAACGACAGGCCUGGAUGAGAAGCCGACGGUCCCCGCUGCUCUGUUUAGCCUGGAGGAAGGCGUGGUUCAGCCUGAAGCCCCGGACAGCCCGCAGGUAACACUGCCUUCCACCACCGCCGAGCCUGUCGACCAUGUGGAGAAAAAGCGAGCACGGCGCAGCUCGGCGUGGGACUUUUUCGUCCGGGUGGACAACGAGGCUCACUGCAGACUGUGCGACACGAAGCUCAAAUACAUGAGCAGCACCACCAACAUGAUAUACCACAUAAGAAGCAAGCAUCUCAACACCAACGCCACGCCGUUUGACGACAAAACCCCACCCGAUGAGAUAUCGCAUUUAGAGGUGACCAGGUUAAUCUGCAGGAUGAUCGUGAGGGACCUGCUUCCCCUCAGCGUGGUGGAUGGCGACGGGUUUCGUGAGCUGCUGGGCUACACUGUGCGGGGUUAUAAAAUGCCGUCGGUGGCCGAUGUAGCACGCCACGUUGAGGCCCAGUUUCAAGAGGCGACAGAGGAGCUGCGAGCGCGGCUGGGCACAGUGGAGAUGGUGGCUCUGACCACUGACUGCUGGACGGCCUCCCCCGCCGAGAGAUACCUCACCGUCUCCUGCUCCUUCAUUGCUGAAGGCUGGCAGGGGAGGUCGGCUGUACUGCAGACUCACAGGAUAAAUGACAACCCUGCCACAGACCACUUCAGAGACACACUCCUGAGCACAGUGGAGACGUGGGGAAUCUCAGGGAAAGUUAUUGCCUGCGUUCACAGUAACACCCUGAACAUCCUGCCCGGUCACGCCUCUGCCCGUGUCACCUGGGACUCCGUUCUCUGCUUUGCCAGCACCUUGCAGCUGGCCGUCAGCGACGGGCUGAGCGACGAUCUGCUCGGCGUUGUGGUUGCUGCUGCCAAACUGGUCAAACACUUCAACCAGAAUUCACUGGCGAGUGCGGCCCUGGAGCUCAAGCAAGCUCAGAUGAGACUACCGCAGCACAAACUGAUCCGGUCCAGCAAAGCCAGAUGGGAAACGAUCUGUGACAUGUUUGAGCGGCUCGUCGAACAGCGUUGGGCAAUCAAAGCUGUGCUGUCUGACCGCAUGGUCACCAGCCGACAGGAGGCCCAGACCCUUGAGAUUGAAGAUGAUUAUUGGCAAAUAAUUGAAAACUUCACGCCUGUGCUGGCAACUCUGAAAUGGGCAACAACAGUCAUGUCUGCUGAAGUGGACGUGCCCAUCUCAAACAUCUACCCUAUCACCUUCAGCCUUCUUCAGACUCAUCUUGUGGCAAAAGAGCAUGAUGUUGAACAGGUAUCCGAGUUCAAGUUCAAAGUCCGGGAGUCACUGCGUAAACGCAUGGAGGUUGACUCACCUGACCUGGCAUCCAAACCAGCACUGAUUGCCUCUAUGCUGGACCCUCGUCACAAACACCUCAGCUUCCUGACGCCAACAGGAAGACUGGCUGCAAAAGUGAAACUGCACGAAAUGGUCUCCAAAACAGAAGUGAUCACUACUAUUGUGGGCGCGAAGGUUGAAAAGCAGGAGACACUGGUGACACCUGCUGUCAGCCAGAUGGCCAUGCCAGUGGAAAAGGGAGGCGACAUCAAAAACACCAUGAUGCUUCUUUUAGGAGACAACUACAGUUCCUCCUAUGCUACCGACUCCGAGGCCCAGGUUGAUUACUAUUUGAGAGACAUUUCUCCCUCACUGGACAUUAACCCUCUUGACUGGUGGAGGGUCAAUGGCCCAAGAUUCCCCAGUCUGGCAAUGUUGGCAAGACACUAUCUGUGCAUACCUGGGACGUCAGCGCAUUCAUUAUUGUCAGAGUCUGGACAAAAAUUUGCAAGAAUGCGAACAAGAUUGAAUGCAGAGAGGGUUGAUAUGAUGAUCUUUCUGAACAAAAAUAUGUAGUCUGCACAGCCUUAUAAAAAGGCAGAUGUACAGGACUUGAUACACCAUUAAUUAGAAAAAAGUAGGUUGUAUGCUAUACAUAGAAUACACAAGAUGCUGUAGGCAUCUCAUGCCUACAAGCCUACAAAAUCCUAUCAGAUUUUACUGACUGGGGGUCAUAAUCCCUUGAAAAAGCUCAACCCUUAUGGUUAUGCAUUACUGCUCUCUUAGAGUACUGUAGGUGCAUGAACUUUCAGCACCAUUGCCGCUGAACUUGUAUUUCUGGAUACUUUUCUAAUACCAGAUAGCUGUACCACAUCCUGGUACAGCUAUCACCAGUGCCAUUUUGUGUGACUAUCUAUGUAGGAAUCGAGUUUCACAGCUCCAGAGUCAGUGGCCACAUUUUGUUACUUUAUGUUCUCCAGUAAGGCCUCUUUACUGUUGAGUCACAUAAGAAUGACCAAACACCCUGCCAAAUAUGUGAAAAUGGAUUUCUAUUUUCCUCUCUAAAAACAAUAAGCAGUGUUUUUGUUUUCUAACUGUUAAAGAAAGACUGGUCAAUGGUUAGAAAGUUUUAAAAUGUCAGAGCUCCAUCCGAAACUGUUACUCUUCAAUUCAAGUCCCCUGGUGUCUCAGUAAGUAAGCACAGCUGCUAGCUGUUCAU